GGGGAUAUAGGCGCCCCCGCCCGGGCCCGGCUCAGCGCCACCGCCCCUCCUCGCCUGCUAGCCGCGCGAUGGCCUCGCUCCGGGCAGAGCGCGCCGCCGGCGGCCCGCGGUUCUCUACGACCCUCGCGGGGCGACCGGCAGCGCUCCGCCUCCUCCUCCUGCUGGGCGCUCUGACUUCCAAGGGUCUCAGACCCCUCCUCCAGGCUCCACCGCCUAGAUCCCCGCCAUCCUCCUUCCCUCCCCCAUUUCUGCUCACAGCUGUCCUGAAGCCCCAGGAGUCCCUGGCUCAGCUUCUUCCCACUGAAGGCAGCUUGAAGUCAGAAGAGAACAAGAUGGAGGACUAUAAGGUGAAUGCCCGGUUUUGCUGGCAAUCUUAUAAGGAGCAGAUGGACUCUAUCCCCAAGGACUGGUGCGACUGGACCAUGAUUAGCAGGCCCUAUAGCGACCUGCAAUAUUGCUUGGAGCAUUUUGCAGAAGCAUUUGGCCUGGGUUUCCCCAAUCCCUUGGCAGAAGAGAUCAUCUUUGAGACUCACCAGAUCCACUUUGCCAACUGCUCCUUGAUGCAGCCCACCUUAUCAGACCCUCCAGAGGAUGUGCUCCUGGCCAUGAUCAUAGCCCCCAUCUGCCUCAUCCCCUUCCUUGUCACCCUUGUGGUGUGGAGGAGUAAAGACAGCGAGGCCCAGGCCUAGGGUGGUGGUAUGAGCUAUUAGCAGUCAUCUUACUCCUUUCCCCUGCCACCACCAGGUCUCUCUCUUCCCCUCCCUGCCUCCUUCUCUCACUCUCACCCCCACCACAGACCCUUGAAUUGCUGGAAAUGGAAGCCCAGUGGUGGCACAAGUUUUGUAAUCUUCAAAAUAAAACUUUUUUUUUUUUUUU